AUGCCUUUGAUCAAUGAAUCCCACGACUCCCUCCCGUAUAUCGAUGCGGCACCAUCUGCUCCCGCCCGGGCCAAUGCAGAGAGAUUGAUCGCGGCAGAACUUUCGUCAGAUUAUCAGUCUUCAACACAUCCGUCGAUUCCCGAAUUCGCCGAACCCAAAUUCACGACCUGUAUCCAGCAGGAAAUCGAGCGCCUGGCGGCUGGUCAGCCUCUUACUGGCGGAGUUGACCUUUCACGCUACGAGGCGCCCGAGCCACCAACUCGCUCCGCUGAUUCCGCACCAGAUCUCGAUGAAUGGCGUCAAACGUUGCGGAAAGCAUACACAGCUAGUUCGCACUUGUCUUCACGGCAUGAGAACCUCACCCUCCUCGAAGAAAGCGGCAAGAAUGCAUGGUUGAUCGGAAAUUCCCAAUUGGAGGACAUACUCAGAGUACUUGAGAAGGAAUUGGCGGAGUCCAAGGAGGCGGCGGAGAGUGUCAACAAACAACGGAAGAUCGCACAGGAGGCGAGCCAAGGAGAGCUUACCGGGCUGGAGGAGUCAUGGCGACGUGGUGUUGGCGCUGUCCUCGACGUUGAACUCGCCGCCGAGGAUUUGCGAAUGAAGAUUCUUGAACAGAGACGACAAUACGCACAGCAGCAUGCCCGGUAG